CAGUGGUGCUCUGCAACUCCCAUCACGCACAGGGAGAGAUGAAGGCAGGUGCAGUCUAGAAGUCCCUGUUUUUGUCCUUUAGCAAACACUGUCACUGGGACAGCAAAUCCCAUCAUCGCUUUUAAAGAUGCUGAGAGCUUUCAGUAAUCCUCCCCCUGUAAUACACACCUCGCCAGGACCCCCUGCAUACAGUGACAGAUAGGAUAAUACCCCAGGGGCAAGUGCUUUAAUCUCCCAAAUAGAGGCAGUGAAGGCUUGUCAUAGGUCGGAGCUAACACGUGGUUUGCUCCUGUAUAAAAGUUUCACAGGACUGGCCCCAUGCCCUGAACGCUGGGCAAAAACUCAAUUAGACAAUCAGUGGAGAUCACAUCUCAACCUGUGUGCACACACACUGCAGGGAGACCCCCAGAGCUGGAACAAGGAGACCCCCAGAGCUGGAGCAAGGAGACCCCCAGAGCUGGAGCAAGGAGACCCCCUGAGCUGGAACAAGGAGACCCUCAGAGCUGGAACAAGGAGACCCCCUGAGCAGGAGCAAGGAGACCCCCUGAGCUGGAACAAGGAGACCCUCAGAGCUGGAACAAGGAGACCCCCAGAGCUGGACUAAGAAGACCUCCCUGUGCUUGCCUAAGGAGACCAUCUGAGCUGGGGACUGUCAGGAACUGGACUGAUUCUGGAGCUGAGGACCCUCAGAGUCUGAGCUAAUGCUGCACCUGGGGACCCACAAGGACUGAGCUAAUUCUGGAUCCUGGGACACUCAGCGACUGAGCUAAUUCUGAAUUUGGGGACCCCCAAAGAUUGAGCUAAUUCUGAAAUUUGGGACCCCAAAAAUACUGAACUAUUUCUGGAGCUAAGGAUCUCCAGUGCAUUAAUCUAGAUACCCCACGAUUUAACUCUAGAAGCAGGGGGCCCCGUUGAUCUCUUCCAGGGGCCCCCAGGGACCUGUAUGAGAGAUCUAUAUCAGUGUCUGCCUGGACCUGUUGCAGGAGCCCCGUUUUUCUGGAUUCCUUUGAUAUUUUGUGGGUGAUCAAAGGGACUUCGUUUACUGGAUGUACCCCUUGAACUCUAGUAUGGGGCCCCUGCCAUCCAGAGCUGUCCGGGCCAAGUGAAGUGGAUGUGCCAGGCUGAUCAGACAGCACUCACACUCAGAGUCAGUCUGUCACUCACACUCAGCCCAUUGCUGGGAGGACAGGGCGUGCUGUGAUUGCAAGCUCUGCGGUCCAGGACUAUGCAUUGUUCGGUCGCUGCCUUUCUCCUGGCCGGCUUCCUCUGUGCUGCCGGUAAUCCCACCCCGGAGCCCCCAGCCGGUUCCCAGGACUCCUGCUCGUCCUGCGGGUUCCGACCCCCGGAGGAGGUGGCCCGGGUGGACCAGGACAUCCUGGAGGCGGUGAAGAGGCACAUCCUGAGCCGGCUGCAGAUGAGGGACCGGCCCAACAUCACCCACGCGGUGCCCAAGGCUGCCAUGGUUACAGCCCUGAGGAAGCUGCAUGCUGGCAGGGUGAGGGAGGAUGGCAGGGUGGAGAUACCCAAUCUGGAUGGGCAUGCCAUGCCCAGCCUCGACCUGCAGGAACAGAACUCCGAGAUCAUCAGCUUCGCAGAGACAGGUGGGUGCCUGGUACACUGGGGGUGUCAGUCUGAGGGUAUAGACAGAGGGUGGCAUACUAGGGGUGUAUGGGCAGAGGGUGGCACAAUGGGAGUAAAUGGGCAGAAGGUGGCACAAUGGGGGUGUGUGGGCAGAAGGUGGCACAAUGGGGGGGGUGUGGGCAGAGGGUGGAACAAUGGGGGUGUAUUGGCAAUGAUUGGCACACUGGGGGUGUAUGGGCAGAGGGUGGCACACUGGGGGUGUAUGGGCAGAGGGUGGCACACUGGGGGGAGAAGUGGAAGAGGGUGGCACACUGGGGAUGUAUGGGCAGAGGGUGGCAGUCUGAGGGUGUAUGGGCAGAGGGUAGCACUCAGGAGUGUAUUGGCAUUCUGGAGAUGUAUGGGCUGGCUAAAGGUGUAUGGGCCGAGGAUGACAUGCUCAGGUAUGAAGUCAGGGGAUGGUACACUAGGAAUGUAAGGUCAGAGAACAGCAUGUUGGGGGGCAGGGAGGGCCAUGCUUAAGUAAGCUACAACUGAGGUGCCAAUUGCAGAGGAUGUUUAGGAUGGUAGUUAAGACCACAAAUAGAGGCCAAGUGUAGUGCUAUUGUGCAGGAUACAGGGUUAGUGCAGUGUGUUAUUGUGCAGGAUACAGGGUUAGUGUAUUAUGUGUUAUUGUGCAGGAUACAGGGUUAGUGUAGUGUGUUAUUGUGCAGGAUACAGGGUUAGUGCAGUGUGUUAUUGUGCAGGAUACAGAGUGUGUAUUAUGUGUUAUUGUGCAGGAUACAGGGUUAGUGUAGUGUGUUAUUGUGCAGGAUACAGGGUUAGUGCAGUGUGUUAUUGUGCAGGAUACAGGGUUAUUAGUGUUAUUGUGCAGGAUACAGGGUUAGUGUAGUGUGUUAUUGUGCAGGAUACAGGGUUAGUGCAGUGUGUUAUUGUGCAGGAUGCAGGGUUAGUGUAGGUUAUUGUGCAGGAUACAGGGUAAGUGUAGUGUGUUAUUGUGCAGGAUACAGGGUUAGUGUAGUGUGUUAUUGUGCAGGACACAGGGUUAGUGCAGUGUUUUAUUGUGCAGGAUACAGGGUUAGCGUAGUGUGUGUUAUUGUGCAGGAUACAGGGUUAGUGUAGUGCUAUUGUGCAGGAUACAGGGUUAGUGUAGUGUUUUAUUGUGCAGGAUACAGGGUUAGCGUAGUGUGUGUUAUUGUGCAGGAUACAGGGUUAGUGUGUGUUAUUGUGCAGGAUACAGGGUUACUGCAGUGUGCUAUUGUGCAGGGUACAUGGUUAGUGUAUUAUGUGUUAUUGUGCAGGAUACAGGGUUAGUGUUGUGUGUUAUUGUGCAGGAUACAGGGUCAGUGUAGUGUUAUUGUGCAGGAUACAGAGUUACUGUAGUGUGUGUUAUUGUGCAGGAUACAGGGUUAGUGUAGUGUGUUAUUGUGCAGGAUACAGGGUUUGUGUAGUGUGUUUUAUUGUGCAGGAUACAGGGUUAGUGUAUUGUGCAGGAUACAGGGUUAGUGUUGUGUAUGUUAUUGUGCAGGAUACAGAGUUAGUGUUGUGUAUGUUAUUGUGCAGGAUACAGAGUUAGUGUAGUGUAUGUUAUUGUGCAGGAUACAGAGUUAGUGUAGUGUAUGUUAUUGUGCAGGAUACAGGGUUAGUGUAGUGUAUGUUAUUGUGCAGGAUACAGGGUUAGUGUAGUGCUAUUGUGCAGGAUACAGGGUUAGUGUAGUGUGUUAUUGUGCAGGAUUAGUGUAGUGUGUUAUUGUGCAGGAUACAGGGUUAGUGGAGUGUUUUAUUGUGCAGGAAACAGGGUUAGUGUAGGUUAUUGUGCAGGAUACAGGGUUAGUGCAGUGUAUGUUAUUGUGCAGGAUACAGGGUUAGUGUAGUGUGUUAUUGUGCAGGAUACAGGGUUAGUGUAGUGUGUGUUAUUGUGCAGGAUACAGGGUUAGUGUGUGUUAUUGUGCAGGAUACAGGGUUAGUGUAGUGUGUUAUUGUGCAGGAAACAGGGUUAGUGUAGUAUGUGUUAUUGUGCAGGAUACAGGGUUAGUGUAGUGUGCUAUUGUGCAGGACACAGGGUUAGUGUAGUGUAUUAUUGUGCAGGAUACAGGGUUAGUGUAGUGUGUUAUUGUGCAGGAUACAGGGUUAGUGUAGUAUGUGUUAUUGUGCAGGAUACAGGGUUAGUGUAGUGUGUUAUUGUGCAGGACACAGGGUUAGUGUAGUGUAUUAUUGUGCAGGAUACAGGGUUAGUGUGUGUUAUUGUGCAGGUUACAGGGUUAGUGUAGUAUGUGUUAUUGUGCAGGAUACAGGGUUAGUGUAGUGUGCUAUUGUGCAGGACACAGGGUUAGUGUAGUGUAUUAUUGUGCAGGAUACAGGGUUAGUGUAGUGUGCUAUUGUGCAGGACACAGGGUUAGUGUAGUGUGUUAUUGUGCAGGAAACAGGGUUAGUGUAGUGUGUGUUAUUGUGCAGGAUACGGGGUUAGUGUGUGUUAUUGUGCAGGAAACAGGGUUAGUGUAGUGUGUUAUUGUGCAGGAUACAGGGUUAGUGUAGUGUGUUAUUGUGCAGGAAACAGGGUUAGUGUAGUGUAUUAUUGUGCAGGAUACAGGGUCAGUGUAGUGUGUUAUUGUGCAGGAAACAGGGUUAGUGUAGUGUAUGUUAUUGUGCAGGAUACGGGGUUAGUGUGUGUUAUUGUGCAGGAUACAGGGUUAGUGUAGUGUGUUAUUGUGCAGGACACAGGGUUAGUGUAGGUUAUUGUGCAGGAUACAGGGUUAGUGCAGUGUUUUAUUGUGCAGGAAACAGGGUUAGUGUAGUGUAUGUUAUUGUGCAGGAUACAGGGUUAGUGUAGCGUGUUAUUGUGCAGGAUACAGGGUUAGUGUAGUGUGUGUUAUUGUGCAGGAUACAGGGUUAGUGUAGUAUGUGUUAUUGUGCAGGAUACAGGGUUAGUGUAGUGUGUUAUUGUGCAGGACACAGGGUUAGUGUAGUGUAUUAUUGUGCAGGAUACAGGGUUAGUGUGUGUUAUUGUGCAGGUUACAGGGUUAGUGUAGUAUGUGUUAUUGUGCAGGAUACAGGGUUAGUGUAGUGUGUUAUUGUGCAGGACACAGGGUUAGUGUAGUGUAUUAUUGUGCAGGAUACAGGGUUAGUGUAGUGUGUUAUUGUGCAGGAAACAGGGUUAGUGUAGUGUGUGUUAUUGUGCAGGAUACGGGGUUAGUGUGCAGGAAACAGGGUUAGUGUAGUGUGUGUUAUUGUGCAGGAUACAGGGUUAGUGCAGAGUAUUAUUGUGUAGGAUACAGGGUUAGUGUAGUGUGUUAUUGUGCAGGAAACAGGGUUAAUGUAGUAUGUGUUAUUGUGCAGGAUACAGGGUUAGUGUAGUGUGUUAUUGUGCAGGACACAGGGUUAGUGUAGUGUGUUAUUGUGCAGGAUACAGGGUUAGUGUAGUGUGUUAUUGUGCAGGACACAGGGUUAGUGUAGUGUGUUAUUGUGCAGGAUACAGGUUUAGUGCAGUGUAUGUUAUUGUGCAGGAUACAGGGUUAGUGCAGUGUGUUAUUGUGCAGGAUACAGGGUUAGUGCAGUUUGUUAUUGUGCAGGACAAAUGGGUUAGUGUAUUGUGUUACUGUGCAGGACACAGGGUUAGUGCAGGUUGUUAUUGUGCAGGACAAAUGGGUUAGUGUAUUGUGUUACUGUGCAGGACACAGGGUUAGUGCAGUGUCUUAUGUGUAGGGUUAGUGUUGUACAGUGCUUUUAGUGCAUUGUGUUAGUUGAUUCAGGAAAUUCAGUGUUAGGGCAGUGACUUUAGUGCAUAGUAUGAGUUGAUUCAGGAAAAAUAAGGGUAGUUAAUCUGUUCAGUGGGACAUGACCCUGGAAUUAUAUCCAACCAAUGUUUAUUCCCUUAGUACAAUACUUUUAUCAGCAUGACUCAAAGCUAGUUAAAGGUUAGUAUACAGUGUAUAUAUAUUUUAUUUAUAUAGCGUUAACAGGUGUACUCUGCACUUUACAGGUUACAUUACAGUAGAGGGAGGUACAGUAAGUGCAGUAGGUAUACAGUGUAUGUAUAUUUUAUUUAUAUAGCGCUAACAGGUGUACUCAGCACUUUACAGGUUACAUUACAGUAGAGGGAGGUACAGUAAGUGCAGUAGGUAUACAGUGUAUGUAUAUUUUAUUUAUAUAGCGCUAACAGGUGUACUCAGUACUUUACAGGUUACAUUACAGUAGAGGGAGGUACAGUAAGUGCAGUAGGUAUACAGUGUAUGUAUAUUUUAUUUAUAUAGCGCUAACAGGUGUACUCAGCACUUUACAGGUUACAUUACAGUAGAGGGAGGUACAGUAAGUGCAGUAGGUAUACAGUGUAUGCAUAUUUUAUUUAUAUAGCGCUAACAGGUGUACUCAGCACUUUACAGGUUACAUUACAGUAGAGGGAGGUACAGUAAGUGCAGUAGGUAUACAGUGUAUGUAUAUUUUAUUUAUAUAGCGCUAACAGGUGUACUCAGCACUUUACAGGUUACAUUACAGUAGAGGGAGGUACAGUAAGUGCAGUAGGUAUACAGUGUAUGUAUAUUUUAUUUAUAUAGCGCUAACAGGUGUACUCAGCACUUUACAGGUUACAUUACAGUAGAGGGAGGUACAGUAAGUGCAGUAGGUAUACAGUGUAUGCAUAUUUUAUUUAUAUAGCGCUAACAGGUGUACUCAGCACUUUACAGGUUACAUUACAGUAGAGGGAGGUACAGUAAGUGCAGUAGGUAUACAGUGUAUGUAUAUUUAUUUAUAUAGCGCUAACAGGUGUACUCAGCACUUUACAGGUUACAUUACAGUAGAGGGAGGUACAGUAAGUGCAGUAGGUAUACAGUGUAUGUAUAUUUUAUUUAUAUAGCGCUAACAGGUGUACUCAGUACUUUACAGCUUACAUUACAGUAGAGGGAGGUACAGUAAGUGCAGUAGGUAUACAGUGUAUGCAUAUUUUAUUUAUAUAGCGCUAACAGCUGUACUCAGCACUUUACAGGUUACAUUACAGUAGAGGGAGGUACAGUAAGUGCAGUAGGUAUACAGUGUAUGUAUAUUUUAUUUAUAUGGCGCUAACAGGUGUACUCAGUACUUUACAGGUUACAUUACAGUAGAGGGAGGUACAGUAAGUGCAGUAGAUAUACAGUGUAUGUAUAUUUUAUUUAUAUAGCACUAACAGGUGUACUCAGCACUUUACAGGUUACAUUACAGUAGAGGGAGGUACAGGAAGUGCAGUAGGUAUACAGUGUAUGUAUAUUAUAUCUAUAUAGCGCUAACAGGUGUACUCAGCACUUUACAGGUUACAUUACAGUAGAAGGAGGUACAGGAAGUGCAGUAGGUAUACAGUGUAUGUAUAUUUUAUUUAUAUAGCGCUAACAGGUAUACUCAGCACUUUACAGGUUACAUUACAGUAGAGGGAGGUGCAGUAAGUGCAGUAGGUAUACAGUGUAUGUAUAUUUUAUUUAUAUAGCGCUAACAGGUGUACUCAGCCCACAAUUAAAUAGGUGAUUUAGAGCUCAUAUACACCCUACUGUCCCUUUUUAUCUUUAAAAUCUCAAAAUGACAUUAACUUUGUCUGUAUAACAGUUGGUUUCCUACAGACAGUUUUGUGGCUCCAUUCUUAUGGGCUGACAUAAUGGAUACUGCAUUUUACUAUAACAUAGAACUAGCUAUCAGAGGUAGUGUUUACGCUCUGCAGUGUUUUGCUUAGUGACAUAGAAAAACAAGCGUGCUCUUAUUAGUAAGCUAGUUUAAUCUCUGAUCUGUCAGCAGCCUUUAAACACAAAUCUCACAUUCCCGACGUAAUGGUUUUCGAAUGGAUUAAGUAUAUAUUUUAAUUAAUUCUUGCCAAAGUGGAAUGUUUAACAUUAUUUCAUUUUCGCUUCUUUAGAUGAUCUUACGGCUUCGAAGGUACGGCUUGCCUUCACAAUCUCAAAUGAGGGGAACCAGAAUCUUUUUGUGUUUCAGUCUAAUUUGUGGCUUUAUUUGAAACUCCCGGAGAUUAUGGAGAAAAGUGGCAGACGCAAGGUCCGGAUUAAAGUGCACUUUGAAGACCCAGCAUUCCCAGGUAAAACGAACAUGGUGGAGAAAAAGGUUGACACCAGAAGAAGUGGCUGGCACACGUUCCCCUUGACAGAUACUAUACAAGCACUUUUCGAGAAGGGGGAGCGAAGGUUAAACCUUGAGGUGCAAUGUGAUGGCUGCGAAGAGCAUUCGGUUAUUCCAGUAUACGUGGACCCAGGAGAAGAAUCCCACCGACCCUUUCUUGUGGUACAUGCCCGAUUAGCUGACAACAAGCACCGGAUUCGUAAAAGAGGCCUUGAAUGCGAUGGGCGGACAAAUUUAUGUUGUAGGCAACAAUUUUACAUUGACUUUCGACUUAUUGGCUGGAACGAUUGGAUCAUAGCUCCAUCAGGAUACUAUGGGAAUUACUGUGAGGGCAGCUGUCCAGCUUACUUGGCAGGAGUUCCAGGUUCGGCCUCAUCCUUUCACACAGCGGUGGUGAAUCAGUACAGAAUGAGAGGCUUGAACCCUGGGACAGUGAACUCCUGCUGUAUUCCUACAAAGCUAAGUACAAUGUCUAUGCUAUAUUUUGACGAUGAAUACAACAUUGUCAAGAGGGACGUUCCGAACAUGAUAGUAGAAGAAUGCGGAUGUGCAUGAUAGGAAUAUCAGGACAAUUCCCAUAUACACUUUGCUUCCUCCUGGAGGGAUAUCACGCCACUGUGAUGUUAUGGGGAGGGAUCAUUUUGUGAGAUCAGUGGCAGUCUGUGGAUCUCAUAUCAUUCCGGCAUACAUUUUUAAGACAUAACUUACAAGACUGUAAGUAGCCAAGGCCACACAGGGCAAUAUACUGAGGGUCAUUUUAAUGCCAGCAAGUGCCGAACCAUGAAUGAAAAGAGCAAAGAGGUUUCCAUCUGGGCUAGGAUAAUAAUUUGUGGAAUGAAAAGUUAACUUGUUCCUUAAUAGUGGUCAUACAUGGCCAAGCAACGUUCACAUUUGACGAUAUCUUCCACCAGUUUACCUUAUAAUAUUCUUACAGCACUUCCAAUGAGGAAUGUCUACUUUGAUUAAUGAAAGGCCAUAUGCCUCCAAGGCUGGGCUUCACAAACUCUCUAUGGUACGGAGGGCUACAAGCCCGUAUCAUGCCUGUCGUCUCGUCAUAGAGACAUCACAAACUAUGAUAGACUUUCUACAUGUUGUGUCCAACACAAACAUGAAGCCAUAGCACCAGUUGUCUUCUCAAAAAAAGGGCAACAUGCAUAUUUUCUACUGUACGGACUUCAGUAACUGUGGUACAAUAAGACAGCAGUGUCUGAAAAGUGAGCAUCACUGAGACCUGUACAAAAGACGAGUCACCGAACGAAUGUAGAUGUCUAUUGUUAUGUAACAUGUAUUGUUUGUUGUUUUCUUUUGCCGAUGGGUCAAGCAAAACAUUGUUUUGCACUCAAGGGAAUAAAACAUGGAUAGCAACAAGGGAAGGAUCUCGAUGAUGGACGGGGGAGAGGAUCCCAUAUCUUCUCUCCCAAGUCUGAUAACACUCAGCAUAGCACUUGCAAAUGCUAGGUUCUCACUUCACAGCAUUUGCACCUCUUACUGCCUUGAAAAGUGAUACUUGACAGUGCACUUAAUUUCACUAAAUAUUCACAUAGCUCCUACCCUGCUGCAGGGGCCACUUACAGCAGUGAAAGAGUUAAACUCUUUAAAUAGCAUAAAGUAGUGCAGCGCAUGGCACACCUCGCAGACGCACAAAGUGUUAACGCAGCAGGCUCAGCUCCUUGGGACAGCUUGAGAAACCUACCCCGGCUAACAGUGUGGCAUCUGCCAGCAGGGCUUAACUGAAGGAAGAUUCUCAGCAUACAGGAGAAGUGAGCCGUGAGACUGAAUGAUUCCUAUCGCACACUCUCAGGCAGUCGCUUGCUACAUUGAAGCCAGGGAGCGUGUAAAGCUAAAAUAUUUUAGAAGGAAAGUUCAUUGUCUGGAAAAAUUACGUAUUUUUCAAUUUGCAGAUGCUGAGGCCUAUAAAUGGCUGACCAAUUUAGGGUAGCACCGCUGAUUUGUGUGAUCGCCAACCUUUUAGCUGUUAAACAACGAAUUGUGGUGAAUUGACAAAAUAACAAGAUUCAGCCCAAAAUGGCAAAAUUAGAAAAAUACUCAAGUCUGAGAAUUUUUCCCAUUCUGCUAUUUUUGGUCAAACAGCUGUUGACUUCCCAUGAUGCACUCUGUUAGUGAAUGAGGGCUCCUUUUAGCUGAGGUGAUACCCUUGGACCGUGAUUUCACGCGAUAAUGGGCAGACAUUUCUCCUGUUUGAUGCAAGCUAUGUUUCUCAGAGCAAAGCAUUCCAGUAACAUCUUAUACUCUGGCAUAUAAGACACACAACCAGCGGAACAGUUUUUUCCCUAAUAUAUAUUUUUUAUACUUGAAAAUACAUUUGUUUGCUUUUUUAUUUGUUUGUUUUUUCUUAAGCGAAGGAUUGCUUAGGAUGUUUUGCACUGAUAGAUGCAUUAUUAGUUCAAACUGCCAUUUGUAAAAGAAAAGAAAGUUGAUACUUUUAUCGCAAAUACGAGAAUAAAAGUACAAUGUGUUAAUACAUCUUUUAUGGAACCAAAGAGGCCAAUUUAUUAGAAGUAUUUCUUAAGCUUUGAAGCUCAGUUACAGUGUAGAUCAGGGAGGUGUCAUAACAUAGGCUUCUGUGUGUUUUUGGACUACAUCUCCCAUAAUUCCAUCCCAACCACUUUCUGGCUUAGAACUAUGGGAGUUGUUGCCCAAAGCAGAGUGCCAACUUGGAUGCCGGUAAUUUGAGCCGCUUCUAUUUUGGGCCUAUGGCUUUCUGCAGGCAACCAAUGUAUCGACUAUGCUUUUAUUGUCUUUCCAACCAACAAUGAUAAUUGUAGCAUCAAGUAUGAACAUUCCUAAAGUCAAUGUAUAUUUUUAUUUAAUAAAUGUUCAUGUUAGAUUCUGUUACAUAAUAAUAAUAAUAAUAAUAAUAAUAAUAAU